CGUAGCCUAGUUUGUAGCGCGUUGGACUAGUAACUGAAAGGUUGCAAGUUCGAAUCCCCGAGCUGACAAGUUACAAUAAAUAUCCAUAUGGGCAAUACAAAUAUAUUUCAUUUCUGGACACAGACUUCUUCAACUGCGGUUCAUGAAAUCGUAUUUUAUUCAAGCAGUUUCUAAAGUACAGAGGGGGGUCCAUGGGCACGUCUGUCGCAGGGCUAUUGUGUAACUUCAGAACGCCGAUUUUUGGUUUCGUUUAUGGACUAGUCAGCAUGAGCUGCUGGGCUAGCCAGCUGCUUAGCAUAGUGUAGUGUGUCAUUGAUUUAGCUGUAGUCUAUGAAUUAAAAGCUUGCUAGAUGACACCCCGUAGACAUCGAUAGCAUGCAACAAAAGCCUUAAAACGGUGCCAGAACUCUGAAAUCUGAUGGUCCAAAAUGCCUCAAAAACUCAAGUUACACAAGAGUAGUCACUACAUUGAGCUGGGGAGUUACCAGUACUGGCCAGUUCUGGUGCCUCGGGGAAUCCGUCUGUACACAUUUGAACAGAUCCCGUUAUUCUUGAAAGAAAACCCAUACAUUACAGAUGGAUACAGAGCACACUUGACAUCAAAACUCUGUUUAAAAAGCAUCUUUGUGCUGUCCAAUGAAACAGUCAACAUAUGGACUCAUCUGUUGGGUUUCCUCCUGUUCUUCCUACUGGGGGUGAAUGACAUGUCUACAGUCCUGCCGGCUUCAGGUGCCAACAGAGAAGACUAUGUCAUCUACUGCAUAGGACUCUUCUGCUUUCAGGUGUGUAUGCUGUGUUCAGUGGGGUAUCACCUCUUUUCCUGCCACCGCUCAGAGAAGACGUGUCACCGCUGGUUGGCGCUGGACUUUGCUGGAAUCUCUGUGGGAAUCCUGGGCUGUUACAUUCCAGGGGUCUUCUAUGCCUUCUACUGCAUCACUUUCUGGAGACAGGUGUACUUGGUGAUUGUUCUAGCGUUGAUAUUGGCCAUAUUCUCGGCUCAGAUCCACCCUCACUACCUCUCUAAGGAGUGGCAACACCUGCGGACCACCAUCUUCUGCUUUGUGGCUGGCUACGGAGUCAUCCCAGCUAUCCACUGGGUCUGGCUCAAUGGAGGCUUCAGCUCCGCUGUCGUCCAGUUGUUCCUCCCUCGUGUGAUUGUGAUGUAUUUGAUAGCUGGAGCUGCGUUCCUCUUUUACAUCUCUAAAAUCCCAGAACGCUGCUUCCCAGACUGACCAGGUGAAUCCAGGUGAAAGCUAUGAUCCCUUGAAUGGGGUAUGGUAGUAGGUGCCAGGUGCACCGGUUUGAGUGUAUCGAGAACUGCAAAGCUGCUGGGUUUUUCACGCUCAGCAGUUUCCCGUGUGUAUAAAGAACAGUCCACCACCCAAAGGACAUCCAGCUAACUUGGCACAACUGCGGGAAAGAUUGGAGUCAACAUGGGCCAGUAUCACUGUGGAACGCUUUCGACACCUUGUAGAAUCCAUGCCCCGAAAAAUGUAGGCUGUUCUGAAUGCAAAAGGGGGUGAAACUCAAUAUUAGGGUGUUCCUAAUGUUUUGUACACUCAGGGUAUUUUUCAGUCACCUUUUUUUUUGCCAACUUUUGAUUGGCCAAAUAGCCUGUCUUCCAUUUCCUUAUUCCAAUCUCAAAAAAAACUUUGAACACUUAAUAUUUGAAGUGACCUUUUGAUGAGCUUGUGAUGCCCUUUGACCUCCACAGGUCAGCUGAACUAUCUGGGUGCCAGCCACCAGGUGUGGCAUGUCCUGGUAGUGUUUAUGUUCUACUGGUGGCACCAGACUGCAGUGUAUAUAAUGAACUUCAGACACAACCAGCCAUGCCCUCCUCUACACCAAUAGUAGCUAGCUGGAGCCACACAGACUAGCAUCCAGCCACCAAGCAACCACAGCCUGUACUGUAGCCACUCAAUGCAAUCAAGCCAGAAUACAGACCUCCUAUAUAAGCCUAUUCUACAGAUGCCCAGUCAAGACCCAUAUCCAAGAACACCCAUGACAGUACUGUUAAACCUUACAGGUGUCUGUAGAAAGCUUGAAACCAUCUCUGGUUUUAAGGUUUGCUUUUGGUGGUAUGCAAUCAUGUCUGCUUUCUGCUGAGACUUCUGUAAUGCCAGGUUAUAAGAGAUGGAAAGACAGGUCAAUCAUAACCUGGUCGCAGGUCUGGGAAGCAAGAUGGUACAAACAGAUCUGGGACCAGGCAGGGUAAGUCCCUAGACACACUGUACACAAUACAUAUACCGCUACAGCUGAAAAUUUUCUGUGAUUCUCCAAUUAUCUUUUCAUAUUCAAGAUUUUUUAACCUGAUUUGUAUCUAUUAAUUUGCAUGUAAGCUACUGUUUGAAUGUUACAUGCUGUGAAAUAAUUAUCUGCUGCCUUGAGCAAAUGGGACCUUACAAAGGGUUAUGUGCAAUCUACCUACCUACUAUCCUAUGGAAAUGGAACAACAACAAAAAAGUUAUUUUUGCUUGAGUAGUUUUAUCUGUAUUCAUCAAUACUUGAAUUGUUUGUGUGUUGUAUUAUUGCCUCUGGCACAAACUUCAUUGGGUUCUAUGGUGGGGCUGAGUAGUUAUCUUACUGUAUUUCAUUAAUGGUGGGGCUGAGUAGUUAUCUUACUGUAUUUCAUUAAUGGUGGGGCUGAGUAGUUAUCUUACUGUAUUUCAUUAAUGGUGGGGCUGAGUAGUUAUCUUACUGUAUUUCAUUAAUGGUGGGGCUGAGUAGUUAUCUUACUGUAUUUCAUUAAUGGUGGGGCUGAGUAGUUAUCUUACUGUAUUUCAUUAAUGGUGGGGCUGAGUAGUUAUCUUACUGUAUUUCAUUAAUGGUGGGGCUGAGUAGUUAUCUUACUGUAUUUCAUUAAUGGUGGGGCUGAGUAGUUAUCUUACUGUAUUUCAUUAAUGGUGGGGCUGAGUAGUUAUCUUACUGUAUUUCAUUAAUGGUGGGGUUACUUUUAGUAUUAGUGGUCAACUGACCCCCUUCCUCUCACAAUCCACUUGAAUCUAAGGGCUGAUUCAGGAACUGUUUUGAGAAAUGUAACCAACUAAACAUUAACCCAACGAAAUAGAUUGGGAGUAAAUUCCCCUCGCCUUAAUUUGUUAGUCUCCCUGUUGUCACUCUACAGUGUGUGAACAACUGCAUAAGAACAAAAGUCCUACUGGCCAGUAUUAUUGAUUGUAUGUUGUACACCACAAUAGAGUAGUACACUUGAAUUCAGGUUAGGUCAAAUUACUACCCAGUCUCUCUCCAUGCAACAAUAUACUGGACAUCUCCUGCCAUUUUAAUCCAGUUCCCGGUCAUUUAAUUAAAGGAAAUGUAUCCAGCAAUGCAAUGACAUUUUGGUGACCCGUUUUUAGAUUGUCUCCAGCUGACAUACUUAGCCUCUAGUCAGGUAAGGAUGCUCAGAACAUAUCACAGCCUGUAAUGACUGGAAACGCAGCAGACUGUUUGUUUGCCUUGUAAAUUCACUUUUGUUUUUAAGUAUGACUUUCAUUAUUUGACUGUGUAAUUACUGUAUUAUUUUACCUGUCUGUCUUGUUUGUUACAUUGUUCAACAUUUGUUUUUAAUUUAUUUUGGCAUGGUUGAUGGACCUUUACUUUUGAAUGCUGGCACUGACUAAAGGGGCACAUUAUUUUAAUCUAUCUGUAAUAUGACAUGUUUCUCUUUGAUUAAUAUCAAUAAAUAAAGAAUGCCUCAAGAAA